AUGCGUAUUCGCCGACAGCCUCGCUGGAGAACACAAGGUAAGCGCCCCUCCCCCUGCAAGCUGAAUGCUGCCUAAUUGUCUUUGCCUGCUCACCGUCCUCAUUUCAGCAAUACGCUAGCUCAACGGCUUGACAAUCUUCCAAUCGCUGCCGCCGCCGCCGCCGACGCCGCUUCUGCUGCCGAGAACGCCUCCGUGGAAAAACGCUGCUGUCAACUGCGAGACACGGUCCAGUCGACGGCGCUCGCCGUCCUCGGUCGCGCUCCCCGCCAACACCAGGACUGGUUCGACGACAACGACGCCGCCAUCAGAAAUCUGCUUGCUGAGAUGAACCGCCUACACAAAGCCUACGUAGACCACCCCAUUGAUGCCAACAAAGCUGCUUUCUACCGCAGUCGCCGCCACCUUCAGAAACGACUGCGCGAGAUGCAGGACGCCUGGACUGCUCGCAAAGCUGAGCAUAUCCAGGGUACGCAGACCGCAAGGAGGGGAAGUACUUCUUCUCCGCAAUCAAAGCAGUCUACGGUCCGCCGACGAAGUGUACUGCUCCUCUCCUCAGCGUCGACGGCAACAUUCUCCUGACUGAGAAGACGCAAAUCCUACAGCGAUGGGCCGACCAUUUCCGAAGCGUCCUCAACCGCCCCUCCGCCAUCUCCGAUGACGCCAUCGCCCGUCUACCGCAAGUGGAGACCAACGUGGACCUCGACCUUCCGCCAUCUCUCCAGGAAACCAUCAGGGCCGUGCAGCAAACCUCCAGGGGAAAAUCACCCGGAUCGGACGCAAUCCCUGCUGAGAUCUACAAGCACGGAGGUCCCCAACUCAUGGAACACCUGACUGCGCUCUUCCAGGAGAUGUGGCGUCAAGGUGAAGUUCCGCAAGAUUUCAAAGACGCAACCAUCGUGCAUUUUUACAAGCGUAACGGAAAUCGCCAAGUCUGGCAAUCACCGUGGUAUCUCCUUGUUGAAUAUCGCCGAGAAGAUCUUCGCUCGCAUCCUCCUCAGCUGUCUAAAUAA